AUGUUAUGCUCCAUAUCCGGUGAGGCGCCGCAACAGCCGGUGGCUUCGUCAAAGUCAGGAAAUGUCUUCGAGAAACGACUUAUUGAGGCUUAUAUCGACGAAAACCAUAAGGACCCAGUCAACGGGGAGGAACUUGAGAAGACCGAUCUUAUUGAGCUUAAAUCCAACCGAAUAGUCACUCCAAGACCACCGACUCUCACAUCCAUCCCUUCUCUACUCUCCGCCUUCCAAAAUGAAUGGGACGCAUUGGCCCUGGAGUCGUUCACUCUGCGACAACAAUUAAAUCAAACUCGACAAGAAUUGGCAACAGCCCUUUACCAACACGACGCUGCUGUUAGAGUCAUCGCCCGGCUGACCAAGGAACGCGACGAGGCUCGAGAUGCGCUGUCGAAGGUAACAAUUGGCGCGGGGCCUGUUAGUAACGGGGAUGCCAUGCAAAUUGAUAGUCAAGGUCUUCCAGAACACCUUGUCGCAAAGGUUGAUGCGACACAAGAGAAACUCUCCAAGAGCCGUCGAAAACGCCCUGUACCUAACGGCUGGGUUGAUGCGGAGACGAUUGAGAAGUUUGGUAUUUCGUCUAGUUCUGAACCACUUUACGCCGGCGCUUCCUCUGUUGCCGUUGACGAAAGUGGUCAACUCGCCAUCGUUGGUGGAUCUGAUGGCAUUGUUGGCGUCUAUUCGAUCCCCGAAAAUAAAGUCCAACAGUCAUUCAAAGCUGGAGCUGCUGUCACAGACACAGUUUGGUAUGGUAGCCACCCAGUUGCUUCCAGCGCUUCAGGAGCUGUGAAAGUAUUUGGAGACUCCGAGACAACUUUUACAUCUCAUGCUGGAAGCGCAAAUGGACUUGCAUUACAUCCAAGUGGCGAUAUUCUAGCAUCUGUUGGUGUCGACAAGAGCUUCGUAUUCUAUGAUCUGGCAGCAGGGAAGGCAGUUACGCAGGUCUACACCGAUUCAGAGCUCACCACUGCCGCUUUCCACCCUGAUGGGCACCUUUUUGCCGCAGGAGGGGCAGACGGCCAAAUUCGGCUUUUCCACGUAAAGACAGGAGAGCAUGCAGCAACUUUUGAAUUAGACGGGCCUGUUCAGGACCUUACGUUCUCAGAGAAUGGGAUUUGGUUUGCAGCUGUGGCCAAAGGCUCUACUAGCGUUGUUAUCUUCGAUUUGCGAAAGGAGGGUAAGGCAGCGGAAGCAAAGGUCCUGGAAAUCGGCGGGCAAGUCGACAGCAUCCGGUGGGAUUAUACCGGCCAGUACUUAGCGGCUUCUGGCCCUCGCGGGCUUACCAUCUCACAAUACACCAAAGCAACAAAAUCAUGGUCGGAUGUUAUCAGCACAGCCGUCCCAGCGACUGCGGUUGUGUGGGGUUCGCAGGCAAAGACACUGGUCACGGUCAACGGCGAAGGAGUUAUAACAGUGCUUGGAUGA